AUGAAGAACUGGCUCCACCAUCCCAAGGACGACAAGGAGUCCAUACGGAUUGCCGGCUUCAUCGAUACCAACAAGGAGGAGACCAACCUCUGCGCGGAGGAUCUGGUUCGGGCUUUCCUUGCGCGUCGGGUGCUGCCCCUUCAGCGGCGCGCCCAUAAGAUCAGCCAAAUGUCGGGCCCAAUGGACCCGACGCGGAUCACAACUCACCGGUUGAGCUCCAGCGACUUGGUCCUUAAGGCCAAGCAGAUCUGCCAAAACCCGCUGAGCCCCAGCGGAAAAUACGGGCUGGCCCCUUACAGCCGCAACAAUUCUCCUCCGCCCCGAGAGGAGCCGGCCUCUUUCACUCCCGACCGGAUUUUCCGGGACGAUUGCGACGCUGACCCCUUCGUGAAGAAGCACAAGAUGGGUCCAACACACACCAAGCUUCCCGGUAACUUCCCCACUCCUCUUCCGGCAAAUGAUUCCGGUUCUGACGACGAGGUCACCAUCCUUGAGAUCCUGCCUCAGCCGACGCCAACCCCCAGGUCGUGGAGCGCGCGGCUCCGCUGCAAGCGGAAGUUGGCCAGGAGUUCCCUGGACAACCUGGCCUCCCGGGGACGCAAGAACAAGGCCCCGACGCCCGAGGCCAGCCCCAGCCGAGCUCCCCCCGCCAAGCGCUCCAAGAAAGGUGGCGGCGGCAAGCCCUACAGCACGAAGCGGUACCGCGGCCAGAUGCCGGCCUGCUCUGAGCAUCACCCGGAGCGCACCGGGCAAGAGGCCGGAAGCCUCCGAGGACGCCACCAGGACCUCAAUUCCCCCUCAUCCAAGUCCGAUACCGAAGACACCGGCGCCAGCAACAUCGGCGCCGGAAAGGAAGUAGCAGAGCGGGCGGAACCUCCGGUUCCCCCUUCUCCCAAGAAGAAGAAGAAGGCCGCUACCUCUCCCGCCAAGACCAUGCCGGAAACUUCCGCGCCGGCAAGCUCACCACCAGCAAAGGAAGCACCGGAAGCUCCUGCGCCAUCCAAGGACGCGCCAGCACCUCCUCUGGAAGCCUCAACCGGCAAGCCAGCUCACCCGGGAGGCGCCCCUCUUACCGCCCAGCAACUUGAUGUUGUGGUCACAGCAGCGACCGCGCCCCCUUCCGGCUCGCAGGCACUGACGCUGCACGCCGGCCGCGCUGCGGUUACAGCCAGUGAUAAGGCUUCAGCUCAGCUGGGCCGGAUUACUGAGCUUAGCCGUGGCGAGGUCAGCCUGGGCCCGUUGCAGGCGUACGCUGAGAAGUGGAACCUGGCGGACUUGUCCCCAAAGGUUUCUUCAUAG